CGCGCUUUGCAUGUGAUUUGAACGAGACAGGCCAGUUUGGUUGAAGUUUCUAAAACAUUUUUUAUUAUUUAUUGCAGAUAUUCAACUUCUCAGGAUGGACGUGGUUCUGUGCCAAGGACACGGCAAGCCAUGUAUGCUGAAGACUGGCCUCAGGGAGGGUCCAAAUAAGGGGAAGAGUUUCUACAUCUGUUCUCAGAUGCCCCAGUCAUGUGGUUUCAACACACCUGCCAGCCUCCCUCCCUCUGGUUGCCUGAAGCAUGCUGGGAAGACCAUAGAGCUCCAGAAGAUUUGGAGAGACAAGGAGAACCAGAAGUGGUUGUGUUAUAGAUGUCAGGUUACAAAGGAUGCCACCAAGGGAAAAGGUUGGUGUGGAAAAAUUCUUUACACAGGCGCAGCAGACAGGAGAGCCACCAAGACCGACCAUGUUGACUCCAAGAAGCAGUGGCGACUGGUUCCUCCAGAAACAACGUCAGACAGUGAUUCAUCUGAUUCUGAAGAAUACGAGGAUGCUGCUCCAUACCAGCCUUCAAAAAAUCCAUUCUGCAAAGAAGCUAACAAAGAGGGACAGGUGGUUGCAUCGUCUGGAAAGAAGUUUGAUGUCUUCGACAAAAAAGUGGAAAAAGAGAACUUGAUGCAACAUGUGGAUGACAACAAGAUCUAUGAUAGUGAUAAACAAGUUGACCCUGGCAGGGAUAAGUCUCUGAGGGGGGCUGCUGUCAGGGAUGAUGGAUCAAAGUCUCAGAGAGGAGAAGGAGGGAAAACACUUCCUGCAGAACAUAACCAAAAAUCACAGAAAGGUGAUACGGAGGCUAGUGGUAAAGAUGUGAAGACAGGCAAAAAGGCAGGUGAGACAGUGAAGGGCAUAGGCAGCUCAAAACAACCUCAAGGCAAAGAGGAUGAAGUUAUUGUACUUACUGACAAUGAUGAAGAUGCUCAUGUUAGAAAUACACAAAGUGCCAACACACAGGUAAAACACGGUGAAAUGCAGAAGCAGCCAGUCAAGGCUGAAGCUGUAAAACCAAAACAGUCAGUCCAAGAUGGGAACGUGACCAAUCAGCCAAUCACAGCAGGUCAUAAGAAGCAACAGCCAAUCACAGCCUUCCCAGGGUUCCAGCCAGCAAGCCAGGUGAUGUCCAGAGGUCAUGCAGCGUUGCGGGCAGAUCUGGUGGAGCAGUUACGGAAGAAGGAAGACUUGGUGAAGAAGGUCCAGCUGUCUGUCCUUCCUGACGGAGGGAAGAAGCUGAUGACACAGAUUGAGGACCUUGAGAAAGCUAUCAAAUCCAUUGAUCUUGGUGCCAAUCAAAGUCAACCUCAAGGUGCUUCGGGAGGCCAUGGUCGGCAGCAGCAGCCCAGUAAGCACCAACCCCAGGGGGACAGGCGGGUCCUCCCCACCCACGCACAGCCCCUCCCUGCCCACGUCCUACAGCAGAUGUAUGCCCCCCACCCCCAGGGGCAGACCCUGUAUGGGGGCAGGAUGACGGCCACGAGGCUGCAGCAGGUGGCAGGAGUAACAUCUGAGGCUAUUGAGAGGCUGCACAAGUCCCUGGAAUCCUGUCCACCCCCAGAUGCUGAAGUGGAAGAUCCGGCCUGCCUGCGUGUAAGCCUGCUGACCCAUCAGCGCCAGGCUCUGGCCUGGCUCACCUGGAGGGAGGGGCAGCAUCCCUCAGGAGGGAUUCUGGCUGAUGACAUGGGGUUGGGGAAAACGUUGACGAUGAUCUCCCUCAUCCUGACUCAGAGGCAGAACACUGGUGCACGGAACAAGACAAAAGUACCAGUUCCAGAAGGUGUUGUGAAGUCGGAUGCGACCCUGGUGGUGUGUCCAGCCUCACUGAUUCUCCACUGGAAGGCUGAGGUGGAGCGGCACACAGAGGACGACACCCUGAAGGUGUACCUGUACCAUGGACAAAACAGGACAAAGGACCAUACAGAGCUUGCGGAGUAUGACCUUGUACUCAGCACCUAUGAGCUUGUGCGGAAGGAAUGUUCCAGCUGGGCUGCUGACCAGCCUACACAGGACCAGAAGAAAGGAGACAAUCAGGAUGACACUGCCGCGCCCCGGGGUCCCAUGCCCGUACUCCUGCGAGUGAUCUGGGACAGGAUCAUACUGGACGAGGCUCACGCCAUCAAGAACCACAAGUCGCAGACGUCUGUCGCUGCCUGCCAGCUGCGGGCACACAGCCGCUGGGCCAUGACGGGAACACCCAUCCAGAACGACCUGAUGGACAUGUACCCACUGCUGCGCUUCAUGCGCUGUUCACCCUUCGAUGAGAUGAAAGUGUGGAAAAAAUGGGUGGAUAACAAGACAGCCAAUGGGAAGGCCCGUCUGAACACGCUGGUGAACAGCCUGCUGCUGCGGAGAACAAAGGGACAGGAGGGGCGGGACGGUCGCCCGCUGGUCAGCCUUCCACAAUGCAGCAGGGUCAGUCAUGUGAUCGAGCUGUCUGAUGACGAGAGGGCUGUGUACGACAAGUUCUACCAGGAUACCAGAAAAACUUUCCAGAAUUAUCUCCUGCAGCAUGGAGAGAAGGAGAACGUGAAGGACAGGGUCCUCCCAUCAUCAGUUGGUACGGUCCAAACUGUUCCUGUGGGGGAUCAUAAUAAGAGUGCAGCAGGACAGCAUCAAAAUGUUCCAGGAGUGCAGCAGAAUGUGAAAGUGAGCCACAUCCUGGUGCAGCUGCUGAGGCUGAGACAAUGUUGCUGUCAUCUGAGCCUCAUGAAAGAGGCUGUAGACCAGGAAACCUUUGUGAAUGAGGGAAUAGACCUGACUCUGGAGCAGCAGCUGAGGGAGAUGAGCCUCCAGGAUAACAACCAAGUAACCACACCUAGCAACACUGAUGUAACCACACCUAGCAACACUGACCUACCCAGCAAAGAUUCAGAGAAGUCCUCCAUGUUUCACUGUGACAAACCAAGUACUAAGAUACAAAAGGUUCUGGGGAUCCUGGCAAACAACAAGUCAGAGUCAACACCUGAGAAGCCAGUGAAGAGUGUGAUUGUCUCUCAGUGGACCAAAAUGCUGGACGUCAUCGGGUGGCACCUAGAGCAUGCUGGGUAUAAGUAUGUUGUGAUCCGGGGUGGGGUUCCCCCCAGGCAGAGGAUGGAAGCCAUGGAACAGUUCAACAGGAACCCCAAGGGACCGGAGGUCCUGCUGGUGUCAUUACAAGCAGGAGGUGUUGGGCUCAACCUGAUCGGCGGCAGUCAUUUGUUCCUGCUGGACAUGCACUGGAACCCAGCCCUGGAGGACCAGGCCUCUGACAGGAUCUACCGGGUGGGGCAGAAGAACAAUGUGGUCAUCCACAAGUUUGUGUGUAAGGACACAGUGGAAGAAAAAAUCCAGGACCUCCAGAAGGCCAAGAAAAACCUGGCACAAGGAGUCUUGUCAGGUGGUGACGUUGGAAAGCAGAAGCUGUCCUUGGCUGAUCUGAGACAGCUGUUUGGAUUGUAGUGACACAUGCAAGGCUGGUGGACAUAUGACAAUUUAUAUAUUUAUCUAUUCUCACCUAUUUAUUCAUCAUGAAAAUUAUGGAAAAAAAGGAUCUCCAAUAGUCAUA